GCCAUUUAUGCAAUAUUUUUAAAAUUUCUCGUGGUACAAUAAAGGACUUGCGAAGCCUGAUGUCUACUCGCAAGCCUGCGCUGUAGAUUUUGUUCGGCUAACAGCUUGAAGGCUUAAUAUUAGUUUAUUUGCAGCACAUUCUUUUUAGGUCGUACCUCAAGGUCAUUCAUCGCGGUGAUAUAUGGCCGAGCCGGACAAGUUAAACAUUGACAGCUUGAUUUCGAGACUUCUGGAGGUUCGUGGGUCUCGUCCAGGAAAAAAUGUGCAACUAACCGAAGCUGAGAUCAGAGGUUUGGCUCUUAAGUCGAGGGAAAUUUUUCUUCGUCAGCCAAUUUUAUUGGAACUUGAAGCGCCUUUAAAAAUAUGUGGAGAUAUUCACGGCCAAUAUUAUGACUUGUUACGCCUUUUUGAGUAUGGUGGAUUUCCUCCAGAUGCUAAUUAUCUAUUCUUGGGCGAUUAUGUUGACCGUGGAAAACAGUCAUUGGAAACGAUAUGUCUCCUCCUAGCUUACAAAAUAAAAUAUCCCGAAAACUUUUUCUUGUUGCGUGGAAACCAUGAAUGCGCUUCAAUCAAUCGCAUAUAUGGAUUUUAUGACGAAUGCAAGAGGAGGUACAACAUAAAAUUAUGGAAGACGUUUACUGACUGUUUCAAUUGUUUACCAAUAGUCGCCAUUGUUGAUGAGAAGAUUUUCUGUUGUCAUGGUGGUCUCUCUCCCGAUUUGCAUUCCAUGGAGCAAAUACGGAGGAUUAUGCGACCGACCGACGUUCCUGAGCAGGGUUUACUAUGUGACCUUCUUUGGUCAGAUCCAGAUAAAGAUAUAACCGGUUGGGGAGAAAAUGAUCGUGGUGUCAGUUAUACAUUUGGAGCAGAUAUUGUCACUAAAUUUCUUCAUAGUCACGAACUCGACCUUAUAUGCAGAGCCCAUCAGGUUGUGGAAGAUGGUUACGAAUUUUUCGCUAAACGUCAACUAGUAACAUUAUUCUCCGCACCUAAUUAUUGUGGAGAGUUUGAUAACGCUGGGGCAAUGAUGUCUGUUGAUGAAACUCUUACUUGUUCUUUCCAGAUAUUAAAGCCCGCAGACAAGAAGAAAUUUAAUUUCGGGUCAUUGAAUUCCGGUUGGCCUUCUACUCCGCCAAGGAACUCCAAGCUUAAAGACAAAUGAAUUCCAUAUAAAGGCUUUUUGCUCCGAGUGGAACAUAGAUUUUCAACAUCACAUGCCCCUAUUUCAUCUUGUUCUCUGAAGUCCUCUUUAUCUGGCUCUAGGAAUGCCCACAGACUCUCACAUGGUCUCAUCCAUGUCAUCCACGGAACCACAUUCAACUCGUUCGGGAUUCGGGUUUCAGUUUUAGCAAUAGCACUCGACAGUCUCCUCAACAUGUACGCAAUCUAUCAGUAUUUCACUCUGUAUAUUUGCUGAGCAAUAUGUUCUUGGUUGGCUGGUUACACUGCAGAGUCCUCUCUGUUGCUAAACCUUUCUAGACAGCGAAGAUGAUUGUUGAUGAAAGUUAGAAGUAAACUGUUCGAAAUGCGUUUGAUGGCACGCCAAGCCUCUAAACUGGACGGAAGGACUGACUGAUUUCAUAUGAGUGUUGAAAAAGCAAAUCUUGUUCUUUAAGCAAAGUAAAGUUAAUUAGAUUAAUUACUGGUGAGUUCGCCUUGUAAUUGCAAGUUCCUGUGUUCGAACCCCUGUGGUGGAUGCAAGCUGUUGAAGAGCCCCAAACUAGGCAGACGAAACAACUGUCCAUUACACCCAGCUGUUUUGUUUCCCACAGUGGUUCUUUAAUUGAUUUCAGCUCAUAAUAAAAUCCUCCAACCAAUCAAAUUACUGACGCUUGAUGAAUUAAAUGUUUCCAUAUCAGUUAUUAGCUAAACAUAUGAGGACCUUGAAUUUCUACGUGAAUGUUGUAAAACCUUCCAUUUAGCUUUUUUGUGCUAUCUAGUGAAAGGAAGUACAAAGCAAAUAAUAUUUAGUGGAUAAAAUUAGUUCUCAUCUCACCCCUGUGUGAAUUUAGAUCAACUGAUUUUAGAUCAUAUCAUGUAAAAUGGAAGAGACUCUUAAAACUGACAACGACUAUGGUACGUAUCUUGGUUUUUUAAUGUAAUAGUGUGGUGAGAGCAGGCUGCUAG